UUCACAAUUCAUUGACGCUCAGCUGAACCAGCCCAUAAGACAACAGGCAGAUAAGGAGAAGCCCUCUUUGGCUAAAGCUCUGCUGUCGCCAACCUGUAGAGCGCCUGAGGAGAACCCAGUGACCAUGGACAAUGUGAGGGCUGUGUUAGGGGUGCUGUUACUGGGACCCUGUAUUACUUGGCUGAGCUGUGAAGUUUCAGCAGAACAGAUAUUUGGUGGAGGGGUCAUCAACCUGAGGCACAGACACAACACAUGGGAGCCCUUAAUGCAGACAAAAGCAAACCUGUCUGAGGUCAAGAGUAUAAGAUCCAUUUUUGAGUUUCGUACACUGGAUCCAGAAGGUACCAUAUUCUAUGGGGACACCAGAGAGGGCAAAGACUGGUUCGUGCUCUUACUGCGUGGGGGUAUUCCGGAGAUGCAGAUUGGGAAAGCUGAUGUCCUGGCAAGCGCGAUGGGAGGUCCCAAGCUCAACGAUGGGCUCUGGCAUAAGUUGGAGCUACGGAGUGAGGGGAAGUUUGUGGUGUUGGAGGUGGAUGAUGAGGUGGCGCUGGUUGUGGGAUUAGACGCCAAAACGGCCCAGAUUAUGAUGACUGGUCAAAUACGUCUAGCCUUGGGCGGGAUACUGGUCGACAAAGAAAAGCUUGUUCACCAAUUUACUCCCGCAAUGGAUGGUUGCAUAAGAGAGGGGCACUGGCUGAAUCUCAGCACCCCAUGGGAUACAGAUCCAAACAGGGAGACCUGGCCCUGCUUCUCAGAGAUCAAGAGAGGCAGCUACUUUUCAGGGCAAGGGAUGGUUAUGUUCAACACGUCAGAGCUGCCUUCAGUUCAGUCAGAGGAGCAGGGAAUCAUAAUUGAAAUCUUUGGAUAUUGGAGAGGGACAAUAUUCAGCUUCCAGAGACCUGGAUUUCGGUACACUACGGUAGACAGCCAACCUUCAAACAAUAGCAAGGAAGGAUCAAUAAAUGACAUUCUUGGCUUCCCUAACUCUCCAAAAUUGGUCAUUAAAAUACUGAGACAUUCUUGGACUGUAAAUGGAAUAACACAAUCAGAAGAUGAAUCCCAGGACUUUUAUUCCUACUGGAGAGAGGGGAUGAUCCUGGCAUUUGGAGGAUUACCAGGUGAAAGUGAAGAAUUAGGUCGUUCACAGUACCUGCAUGGCUGUCUGGAGAGGAUCUUGAUCCAGGGUCAGGACAUUGAUCUGGACCAAGCUUUUUACAAACACUCAUCGGUGUCAUCACACAGCUGUCCUGUGAAAGUGGUGGAUGGUGUACCACAAACACUUUAGCCACAUAGGUUCUCUAUUUCCUCCUCCAUUAUGUGCUGCCUAUAUUCCACAUUGCACUUAGGUUAACAUGGAAGAUAACAAAACAAAAAUGUAUCAGUUCAUCAAAAAACUGACAAUGGACAUUUGGUGAUGGCCAGGCCUGUGCAAUGAUUUAAUGUAUAAUCAGGUACACCACAGAGACCAAGGAUUAAAACAAGCCUAUUCAUGAUCCUGGUAUAGCUGCUUGCAUAUCGUGACUUAAUUCCACUUCCAUGAUCUGCAAGGUAAACAUCUUUGUCAAUAAAUCACAGAAAUAUACA